AUGGGGUUUAUUGUCUUGGUAGACUUAGCAGGAAUAUCAUUAGACACUGACGAACUUGUUAAAAAUUCCAAAUGGAUAGAUCUCACGGCGGAUAUUAAACCUAAACCAGAUAACCUUUUUUACGAUCAUCCAAUCCCGAGUGGUAAUAAAAUAAUGUUUUUGGAAGAAUUCGCUAGUAAUUUCUAUGUUAAUAUAUUUGAUACUACAUUAAAAAAAUGGAAUAUAAACCAAAAUGUCAAAAUUUUACAACCCAUGAACCCUAUUACUAGUAUUAAAGAAGUAUGGACUUUUGAUGAGAAAACCGGCAAAUCCUAUUUACUUCCAAAUUUUUUUCAUGAAAAAAAACGUGUUUUAGUUCCAAACGGUCAAAUUUUAUUUAUUGGUGGACAAGUCAAUGAUGUGGAUAAUUUAUUAAUUUAUGACACUAUAAAUGACACGAUUGAUACGUGGCAAAUUGUGAACACAACUGGUAAAACAACUGAAGUGCCUUCAGAUGGACGUGUUAUUGUAUUCGAUGGAGUAUUAAAACCAUCAGUACCAGCUUUAUCACAUUUGUCAGUCUUGGAUACCUCAAAAAUACCAUAUGAAUGUAGAAAUCUAUCAAAUAAUGAUCCUUUAAUAAAUAGUGGGAAUGAUGAUUUAUAUAAAUUAAAUGUGACAGAUCCAUUGAAAUAUAAAUGGUUUGCUCCUAUUCAAACGGAAGCAUCAGCUGCUGCUAGUUCUUCUUAG